CUGGUGCAUCAUUACAGAAGACACAUGGACGUAACUGAUAAGCAGCUUCCAGCAUACAGUGGCAGGACGAGUCUGUUCAGAGAAGAGCUGCAGAGGGGCAACAUCUCACUAAAGCUCAGAUCAGUCACACUCUCAGACACAAACACAUACAAGUGUUGUAUCACCAAUGAGCAGACUGAUUGUUCUUCUUCUGAAGUCCAAAUUCAUGACCUUGGAAAUGAACCACAGAUAUCAGCUGUGAGUCAUAAUAAUGGCAGUGUCACUCUGGUGUGUGUGUCCACAAACUGGACAACUAAACCUGCAAUGGAGUGGAUGGACAGUAAAGGAAAUAUCCUUCAGCAUGCAGGGGACUCUGUGUACUACUCUGGUUAUGACACACCCCUCUCUGUCCAGAGAAGUUUCACUGUGCAGGAGCAGCAUGGAUACAACUACACAUGCAGAGUCUCAUUUGGGAACCAGAGAAAAGAGCAGCAGUUUCAAGUGAUACCAUUUCCAGAGGUUGUGGUUCCACAUGACCUUGUCCUUGGUAUAGUUGGUGAAGACCUGAUCCUCCCCUGUUACUUCAAGAACAAUGUCAGUGCAGUGGACAUGGAGGUGCAGUGGAUUAUUAAUGAAAAUCAGCUGGUGCAUCAUUACAAAAGACACAUGGACGUAACUGAUCAGCAGCUUUCAGCAUACAGUGGCAGGACCAGUCUGUUCAGAGAAGAGCUGCAGAGGGGCAACAUCUCACUAAAGCUCAGAUCAGUCAGACUCUCAGACACAAACACAUACAAGUGUUAUGUCAGAACUAAUGAGGGGACUGAUGAUGCUUCUUUUAAAGUCCAAAUUCAUGAGUUUGGAAAUGAACCACAGAUAUCUGCUGUGAGUCAUAAUAAUGGCAGUGUCACUCUGGUGUGUGUGUCCACAAACUGGACAACUAAACCUGCAAUCCAGUGGAUGGAUGGUAAAGGAGAUAUCCUUCAGCAUGCAGGGGACUCAGUGCACUGCUCUGGUGACAACACACGCCUCUCUGUCCAGAGAAGUGUCACUGUGCAGAAGCAGGAUGGAUACAACUACACAUGUACAGUCUCAAUCCGGAACCGCAGAAAAGAGCAGCUGUUUCAAGUAGAAAGUUUUGAAGUCAUAUCUGGAUGUGCGAUGCUGAUGAGCAGAACAGGGCUGUGCUACAGUGCCAUUCUUCUCACCUACUGGAUCACCAAAUGCACAUAAGAUUCAACCAGAUCUACAGACCUACAGGCCAGACACAUCAGCUUCAUGCUCAUCACAGUCAUGCCUCCUGCCUGGACAUUUGCUGUUUUAUGUGCAUGCAUUUGUGUAUCUGUGUAUGUAUGUAUGUAUGUAUGUAUGUAUGUACAGUAUGUAUGUAUGUAUGUAUGUAUGUAUGUAUGUAUGUAUGUAUGUAUGUAUGUAU